AUGGAGCUGGGCCACCGAGCAGGUACAACCACUUUGGCCAGGGGCCAUGUGAACAAGGAAGACCAGCAGGACGUGGACCCCUGGAGAACUGCCUGCAGCCCCUUGGACUCCUCCAAGUUCAAGUACCAGGUCCCAGUCUCCCAGCAGCCAUCCCUGUACCGGGGAGACAGCCCCCGAGGCAGCUCACUGGGGCAGGCCUCCCUGGAGGAGAUCCAGCCUCCACCCCCAUCCACCAUCAGCGGGGCCUCCCCCGGCAGGGACUCACAGCUGGGGCCCCUGAAGAAAGGGAGCUACAGACCCUCCUCGAGGGAGAGCAGGGCUUCCUCCCGAGUGGGGGCUCAGCUGUGCCAGGGGCUGGAGGAAGACCCCAGAUCGGGGGCCCAGGGCCAGAGGAGCAGCAGCAUCCCCAACAACAUUCGCCACAAGUUUGGGAGCAACGUGGUGGACCAGCUGGUCUCCGAGGAGCAGGCUCAAAGGGCCCUUGGUGAAGCCCGGGAGGGCCCGAAGAGGGCAAGCUCCUGGCCCAGCCGGAUCCAGAGUCCUGCGGACGUCACCUCCAUCUUUUCCGACUACUAUGAUCUGGGCUACAACAUGCGGUCAAACUUCUUUCAAGGGGCCCCUCAGGAGACGAAGAGCCUCAUGAAGGCCUCCUACACCCCAGAGGUGAUUGAGAAAUCAGUGAGAGACAUAGAACACUGGCACGGCAGGAAGACGGAUGAUCUGGGACGGUGGCACCAGAAAAAUGCAAUGAACAUGAACUUGCAGAAGGCACUGGAUGAGAAAGAAAAGAGCAAAAACAAGAACUCGAAGUAG